CGACACGAUACCAACAUUAGGAUCAUUUCUAAACCGGCUGAAGACUGUGAAGCAACAAUGACAGAACAGCAACACGAAGACAAACUCUACGAUCCCAGGGACAACACUCUGAAGUUUGUCUCGCGCCAGGAUGACAUAACCCUAGAUGAUGACCCAAAUAUUCUUCGAGCUGAGAUGUCAUGUGGCCAUGCCGUCUCUCCACAGUCACUUACUGGGUGGUGUCGCAGUCUCCUUGAUCAGGGGCAGCACAAGUUCUUGUGCCCUGCCCUUAAGGAUGGAACAACACAGAAGUGCAACGUAGAAUGGCCCUAUGUGGAGGUGCGGAGGUUGGCUUUAUUGACACAAGAGGAGCAGAGCCAUUUUGAAGAGACAAUGGCUGCCCUGGCUGCAGCGGAGUACUGUGAACACAAAACAUGUCCUGGCUGUCAGACGUUUGUUGAGAGAGCUGAUCUUACCAACCUCUGUGUCAUUUGCACAAUCUGCACUGCUGAGAGAGGUCAGACAUUUCAGUUCUGCUGGCAGUGUAUGAGCAAGUGGAAAGGUCCAGGCCCUCGUUCUGACCGCUGCAACAACUUAGGCUGCACCAAUCCUGACACUGAAAAGUUGUUGAAAUGUCGCUAUCUAACACUCCCUUCUGUCAAGAAUGUGAGUUGUCCCUCUCUGCGAGCUUGCCCCACUUGUGGCAAUCUUGUGGAACAUGACACAACAGGGUGCAAGAAUAUCAUAUGUAAUCGUUGCAGGGUUGAAUUCUGCUUUGUCUGCCUGAAACUCACUCAAGUAUGCUUACAAACAAGCAGUCAUUAUAUUGCCUGUUCAGAUGGUGUUGCUCCACGGCAGACUUCUAUUCCAUCCUGGAAUAGAAACUAAAUCCCUGGAAUGAGUGAAAAAUACUUGUUUUAAAGAAUGAUAUAAUCUAUAUGCAAAUGUACAAUUAUUACUCCUUUAGCAAAAUACAUUAGCUAUGAUACAUAAAGGUAUCAAGGUUAAGGCUUAGUGUUCUGCAUUCUUUCUGUCUACUAUUCUUAUUUUGAUUGUCUUAUCCUCUAAAUAAAAUUGUUGUUG